UACGGCAGCAACAAAUCGUUGUAUGAUUUUGAAUAGCUGAUAUGUGGAUGAUAUUUCCAAACUUAUCCUCUCUCUUCUCUCUCUCUAAAUCAUAUUUACAGAAACAAACUAAUCUCUCUCUCUCUUCAUAACUGUCACUCUUAACCAACCCGAUGGAACUUUCCUUCUUCUCUUGCCAUCACCAAUAUAAUCCUUUUCUCAUCCAAAACAAGCCUUUUUGCUCCAUUGCCACUACAAGAAAGAGAUUACCCAGCAAAAAUCUAAGAGUGACGCAAUGCAACUGCUCAUUAUCUUCUUCAUAUGAUUUUUCAAAACCCACUUCACUAACUUCGGACCACGAAGGAAGGAGGGCACUUCUUACUUCUCUCCUCACAAUCGCUGCUGCGGUUCAUGCGUGUGAUGUGGCUGAGGGUGCUAGCACUAGUAGAAGAGCUCUUAAAGCAUCAAAAAUACCUGAGAGUGAGUUCAAAGCCCUUCCAAACGGCCUGAAGUACUAUGACUUAAAGGUUGGGGGUGGACUCAAGGCUGUGAAGGGAUCACGGGUUGCAGUUCACUAUGUUGCCAAAUGGAAGGGAAUCACAUUCAUGACCAGUAGACAAGGACUUGGUGUUGGAGGUGGAACGCCUUAUGGAUUUGAUGUGGGCCAAUCAGAGAAGGGCAGAGGGAACAUCCUGUUUCUGCAAUGUGCUGCUUGGUCUUUAAUGCUACAUCGUCUGCUAAUAGUCCCUCCUGAGCUAGCAUAUGGAAGUAAGGGAGUCCAAGAAAUUCCUCCAAAUGCAACAAUAGAGAUAGAUAUUGAACUGCUGUCCAUCAAAGAAAGCCCAUUUGGGUGA